AUGAAAUUUUGCUCUGGAAACCUGUACCUCUUGGCAAAGACAGCAAGAAUGGAGGCGAGUUGGGUAUUGACAGCAAUUAAUAAGGAAGGUGGAAGGAGUACUGUUUAUGAAAUUGGAAAUUCGGUGUCUUCCAUGCAAUGUUCCCGGAACAACUUGUUCAUUACCACCCUUGACAAUCAAGUGAAGAAACUUGACUUGAAUAAUGAAGAGAUUCAACUUAAGAAGGAGCUUAAUUGGGUUUCAUCAAAUAAGAGAUUGAAAGUUAUCAAAUCCAAAGACAAGAUUUUCAUACACUCUUUGAAUUGGGAGACAAUGGAAAUAUUAUCUGAAUCUCAAGGAAAAACAAACACUAGUAUUGAUACACCUACAACCAUUGUAGUGAUAGUUGUCACUACAGUUGGCUUUGGUCUUGUUGUGUCUGGGUGCUGUUACAUUUUUAUUAUUGGUGCACUUGCUUAUUAUUAUUUCAAAGUUCAGGCAGGGGAACCUAAUUUGACAUCUGUUCAUUUCAGUCAUGCAAUUCAAAAACCAAAGAAAACUGUUGUUGCACCUUACUUUUAG